GUCUGGAUUGGCUGCAGUGACAGAUGUAGGCUCCUGUAGAGUAGAGGCACCCAAACAGCAAGACCCAGAGCUCUCCAUCACUAAUUGUCCUAGAGUUAGCCUGUUCUUUAACUGGUGACGCCUGAAUGAAUUGAUGCUGGGGAGCAAGGCUCUCUCUCUUUCUGUCGGCUGUGGGCGGACUUGCAUUCAGAGCAUCUCCUCCUUAGAAGUGCAGGCAGAAGGGUUCUCUGUUCAUUCAGGAGAAGCCUUAACAUCUGCAGUGCCAAGCAGCAAUGUGGCACUUGGUAAGGACGUGAUCUGCAGGAGUCAACAUGAUCACCAGUCGCUGUGCUUUGUACCCAACACGCUCCUUUUUGUGCGCUAAGGUGGAAUGCAUCUCCAUCAGGAAGGCUGAGGUACAACCUGAAAAGCAGUAUGUGUGACAGUCUGGCAUUCCAAAAUGUCAUCUCUGUCUGAGGAAGGCAAACUGGAUUAAUGGCUCUCAUCAGGCUGGAAGGGCCAGUGGAUGUAAGAUUGUACUGAUAGCCAUUACCUUUUAGUUGAAUUAGCCAUAACAGAUCUUAAAAGAAGAAAAAGAUUGAGCCUGCAGUAAAGGUUUAGCCACCAUUCUGGAUAUCAGUUGACCAUGAGGUGGCAUCUCUUGCUACUUCUUGUGAUCUGCCUAGAUCUUGUAGGCUUCAUGGACCAUUGUGAAGCUGCAGCUAAGACUAAAGGUAACAAAAAUGCAGGACCUGCCAAAAAAACUGCCAACCCCCCUAAAGGGAAGGAUGUCAACAAUACAGCUGUGCCUCCGGUGGUCACCACCAGAAGGGUGAAACCUCCUGUUGUGGUUGCUUAUGAUAAAUGCAUGGGCUACUACGACGUUAGCGGUCAGUGGGACAAAGAGUUUGACUGCAACCACACUGCUUACCGGUACUGCUGUGGGACAUGCUCAUUCCGAUUCUGCUGUGACACAAAAAGCAAGAGAAUAGAUCAAGUUUCAUGCAAGAAGCCCGUGUGGACUGCAACCACCAGCACUAAUGACAUUGAGUCAGUGGAGGAAGACGCCUACGACCCUCGCAAUGAUAAGACCAACACAACUGUAUACAUCACCUGUGGGGUGAUAGCUUUCAUUUUUAUUGUGGGGGUCUGUGCCAAAAUAGCUUAUGACAAGGCGAGAAGUCCGCCCCGAGAAAUGAACAUACACAGGGCUUUGGCUGAUAUUUUGAUACAGCAAGGACCCAUCCCUAUACCACACUGCGAGAGAGAGGCCAUUUCUGCUGUUGAUAACUCCCCGAAGGAGAACACGCCCGUCAGAACCUCAAAAAAUCACUACACACCAGUUAGGACUUCCAAAACCAACCACGGAACAGCCUCGCGGCGUUUCUCCGAUGUUCCCACAAGCAUGGAACCGCCAGGGCACCUGAACACCAUAGCAGGACACUAUGGGAAGGAUAUAUAUCGCAGCGGAGGUCCUGAUCUUCACAAUUUUAUCUCCUCUGGCUUUGUGACCUUAGGACGAGGACAUCUCAAGGCCGGACCCCCAAACUUCACCCACUGGAGCCCUGAUGUCAUCAGAAGCUGCAAGAGAGAGAAGAGGAAGAAUCAGGAAGGAGCGGGAGACCAUCAGCAAAACUACAAUCACCUUAUUCUAAACAGUUCGUCCCAGACACCCACUAACGAAAAACCUCGGAUGAACAACAUCCUGACCUCAGCCACAGAGCCAUAUGAUCUGUCCUUCUCCAGAUCAUUCCAGAACCUCUCCCAUCUUCCACCAUCCUACGAAUCGGCUGUCAAGACCAAUCCAAGUAAAUAUUCUUCUCUGAAGAAAUUAACUGAUAAAGAGGCUGAUGAGUAUUAUAUGAGAAGAAGGCAUCUUCCCGAUUUGGCAGCAAGGGGAACACUUCCUCUUAACGUUAUUAAGAUGACUCAGGACCAGUCUAACUACCGAGAGAGGCCAAGAAGGCCCGUGCGUGCAAUGUCUCAGGACAGGGUUUUGUCUCCUGAAAGAACCAUGCCUGAAGAAGGAUACGGAAUGCCCUAUGAUCGAAUCCUCUCAGAUGAGCAGCUUUUGUCGGCAGAACGCCUUCAUUCCCAAGAUCCUCUGCUUUCACCAGACAAGGCUAUGACUCUUAAAAGGUCAGAUUUUCAAGAAAAGUCACUGUCAAGAGCCAUCUCCCAAACUGAUAUCUUUGUCUCUACUCCUGUUCUGGAUCGCUAUAGGAUGACAAAGAUGCACUCUCAUCCCAGUGCCUCAAAUAACUUGUAUAAUACAUUGGGUGUGAACCAAACUGCAGCCAAAAGGCAGGCCUUUGCAUCCCGACGACACAACACAGUGGAGCAGCUGCAUUAUAUUCCAGGACACCACCAACAGUACCGCACAGCUAGCAAAACAGAAGUGACUGUGUGAUAGGAUAUUGCGGACUUAAAAUGAUAUUACAGACUCAAGAAGUCCCUGGAAAACACAUGCCAGUGGCCUUGUAGGCCAAGAAGACCUCUUAUGUCCCAUUGGUCAUUCCAUGUUCAUUCCUUAUUGUAUUUUUAUGACUAAAAGAGAACCCUAGGGGCGUUUUGGAAGAUAAUGUCUUUACCUGUCAUUUUUUGGACAAAAAAAGGGUCAGAUUUUUUUUUUACCCUUAUCAUUGAAGGGCUUUACCUGCAUUGACUGUUGUUGCUCUGAGAACCGAAUACCAACCGACUACAGAACAAACAAAAAAAAUCCAUUCCUUGCAGGUUCCUACAGAGGAAUACACAAGUGCCCAGAAAAAAGUACAUUCACAUUCAUCAACAGUAAUAUUUAGCUGAAAACAUUCUAAUUCUUGAUGGCCGCUGGACAAAACCUGUAGCCCACAUCCGAACCAUGACCAAACUUAGAUGACGUAUGUCUCUUUGCAUUUCUUUUUUUUAUGCUGCACCUUGCAUUAAUCAAUGGAUAUCCUGUAUUAUCAUCAUAUUUCCUGUGGAGGUCCUGAACACUUAACGUUGUGAUCAAGAUUAUUUUAACUUGGAGUAGGGUCAAAGUGAGAAAAGAAAAUAUACUAGUGCCUAUUAAUCGUCUUUAAUGUAGGAAUUAUUAUAAUAAUAAUAAUUAUUGUGUGUUUCUUAAUAAGCACAAUACUACUUAUCCAUCUCCUUGUACUUUCAUUCUAUUUUUACAGAAAAGAAAGAGUUGUAAAUAGACAUUAUUAAGUAGGGAAAUAAAAGAGUUCUCAAUGUUGCAGCUCAGCUUGUUGCCAAUAUAUAAACAAGGAGUAAGUAAUGUAACACUAUGUUGCACAUGCUAUACAACAUCAAUCCUUUCCCAAGUGCAAUGAUUUCAUUUUUUUUUUCAUUUGAACCAUAUUUUCCUAUCAUUGAAACUCCUAAAGCAGCUUUUCAAAGAACCCUAUCAAAAGCCUCUGUUGGAAGUCUGAAUCUUUGUCCUCACCAUGCAGAACUAGGACUAGUUGUGCAGUUGUCUCAAUUUUCACCUUCUCGUUACCCGCAAGCUUCUGCAAUGGUCCAACCUUUGCUAGUUGCAUCUGAUGUCAUACUUUUCAAUCACGUGUACCUAUUUUUGUUUCUCAUAGAUUCUUUUUACGUCUUCGUUGCUUUAAGACUUGUUGACUCCAAAUACACAUUUGAUAAAUCCAUGUUCUAAGUUCUUACUACUAAUACAUGUAUUUGUGAAUUCCUGUCUAAAGAAAGAAGUUAGAAUUUUCAAAAAGUCUUCUUCCUUAACUGGAAGUCUGUUUCUCAGAUGAGUAAUGUCUGUUAAGAACUUAUCCAGGGCAUUCCAAUGGCUGGAAUGUUUCCAGUAGAUUAUGGUUCAAUGCUAUGCCACUAUAAUGAUUAUCAGGUCCUUUUUUUACAACCAUGAACAUAGUUGCCAUGGGUCAUCUUUAGAUCUCUUGUGUCAUAUUUAUAGUGAGCUCAAUUUAAUUGAACAGCUUACUCGCUGAGAAUGCAGAGACAAGGGUUGGUAUUAGUGUCAUCUGGCGCUACAGUUGCGUAUUGGAAAUAUAGGUCAAUCUGUUCUGAGGCGAUCCAUUAAGCGUCUUGUUCAGUUCUUGUUCUUGAAAGGUGUCCAUCUACACAUCUGAUAUCUUACUCAAUGUGUUGUAGUGAGUGUUGUUUUGUGCCGUGCUUAUUUCAGUAAGUGUAAGCCCACACUUCUAAUAUCCGGUAUAUGGACUUGCAUUGUGUGUGUGUGUUUUGGCCUUUGCUGAGUUCAAAGAUCCUCCAAAAUUGCAUCUAUUAAGUAUCAAUUAAAUACUUAAUGAAAUUUAAAAAAUAACAAAAAGACAGAAAUUAAAAAAAAAUCCAGCUCAAUCCUAAAAUAAUGAAUACAGAAAAAUAAAAUGGUUCAAUAUUCUGCUUCAAUAUUUAUUGUUGUAUUGAUUGUCGAUGUAACCUCUAAAAUGGGAAUGUUUUUCAAGCAAAAUUCAAUGGCGAGGUAAUUUAAAUCAGAUACACAGAUCUAAAUGAACAGCACCUGCUUUCAUCAACAUUGUUUUAGGUCCACUAACCUAAUGGGUUUGCAGUGGAUGUGGAAUUGCUUAGGGGCCUGUUUAUAAAGUUGAGCUAUCUGAUCUUCUUAUUGCUGAUUAUAUAAUUCAUUCUUUGGUAGAAUUUUUUUUAAUUACACACUUCUAUUUUAAAUGUUUUUGGAUGAUUCCAGAUUUAGAGAGAUCCACUUCAGAAAUGAAAAAGUAUUACAUCUUGGUAUAAUUUUCCUCUACUUGCUGUUUAUGUAAAUUUUAAUUUGACAGAACUUAAAAAUGUACACUUUUAAUUGUAAUGUUUUUUGGAAUGUUCCAAGCUUUCUAACAGAGUUUUACUUUUUAACUAAAUUUUUUUGACAAGAGCUGGCAAUAUCCCGUAUUUGCUGUGGGAGGCAUACAAUUUGAGAUAAAAUAAAAUUCUAUGCCAAAGUCAUGGAAGUGAUCUUCCAUGACAGCACCAAGUGAGUGUCUUUCUUGUAGUAGGAUGAUUUUGGACCAGCAUGUUGAUGUCAUACAACAAAAAAUGCAUUAUGGAGUCCACUAUUUCCAAAAAAAUAGUGGUGGUUCUUUCACUACGUGGUUUAGCCAUUGAUGUCCCAUUCAUUUUGAUCAAUUAUAAUUUUUUGGCCCCCUUGAAUCAUCAUAAGAUUGUGUGCAUCUAGAUUGUUGGACCCACGAUGCACUGAAAACAGCUGCAAAUUUAGCUUUGUGUCUUCUUAAUACAUUUCACCCAUAGUCAUUUAAAAAAAAAGAAAGAAACCAGAACAUGAAAAAUGUGACUCGGAGGCAUUAAGGGGCAAAUUUACAAAAAAUUGAAAUUCAAAUAUUUCCAUUUUUGUUUUUUCUGAACUUGAAAAUACUAAAAAUACCUGGCAAGCUUUUAAGUCAGAGGGAGGUGUAUUUUCAACUUUCAUGAUAUUUUAUGAGCUUUUUUGAAAAAGUGGAAUUUAUAAAUUGAAUACUAUGAUUUUCAUGGUAAUCACUUUUUUUUUUACAACUUAACACAAUUUAAAAUAAAAAUAUACUAGUAGUUUAAAAAAC